UGCUUGCUAUAUAAACUAGCGGCCUUCAUCGUCUUCACAAUUCAUACCUCCCCCUAGCUGUCAUGUCGAUGAGACGGCUCUGCUUCAUCCUGCCCUUCGACGCCGACGAUAUCGCCUUAGAACCCAGAACCCUUCCUGCCAAAUACCCCACCGGAAAGAACCAUAGUCUGUCCCAUGGUCUAUCCACCUUCGCACGCCGCUCCCUCCACUGUUUCUGCCGCCGCCGAUGUCCAAACCUCAGCUGCUUCCAAGACGAGUCCGAUAACUACUCUGAGUUCCACGACACCCCCGGAGUUACUUCGGAUGCGCUGCAUUCCAAGAAAAACGGCGGCCCCAGGAUAUUCAGCUAUGCCGAGCUUUACAUAGGCACCAAAGGAUUCAACGAGAAGGAAGUCCUCGGGAGUGGUGGCUUUGGGCGUGUCUUCAGAGCAGUGCUUCCCAGCGACGGCUCCGUGGUCGCUGUAAAAUGCGUGGCUGGCGCCGACCAACGCUUCGAAAAGUCCUUCGCCGCGGAGCUUGUCGCCGUAGCGCAGCUCCGCCACCGAAACCUCGUCCGCCUCCGCGGCUGGUGCUUACACGAACACCAGCUCCUCCUCGUCUACGACUAUAUGCCCAACCGUAGUCUUGACCGCCUCCUCUUCGCCCCAUCUACGCCGGUUCUCGGGUGGGACCGUCGGCGUCAGAUUGUGGCCGGACUAGCCACAGCUCUGUUCUACCUGCACGAGCAACUUGACACGCAGAUCAUUCACCGGGACGUAAAGGCCAGUAACGUCAUGCUCGACUCCGGCUACAACGCGCGGCUCGGAGACUUUGGCCUCGCGCGCUGGAUCGAACACUGCGAGGCCGAUCAUCCGUUGAAAACUCGGACAGCGUCCAGUCGGUCCGUGUCGUCGAAUAAUUAUGAGUUCCGAAUCACAGAUACUAGCCGAAUUGGAGGAACCAUCGGCUACCUUCCACCAGAGAGCUUCCAGCGUCGCGGCGGCGCUACUGCGAAGUCAGAUGUCUUUAGCUUCGGCGUGGUGGUGCUCGAGGUCGCCACAGGGCGGCGUGCCGUCGAUCUUGCGUACUCGGACGACAAGAUAUUCAUGCUUGAUUGGGUGCGGCGGCUCGCCGACGAUGGCGAAUUGCUUAGUGCUGGUGACAAGCAGCUUCAAGAGGGAAGCUACCCGCUGCCAGGAAUUGGGCGGCUGCUGCACAUCGGCCUCCUCUGCUCCCUCCAUGAUCCCCAAUCCCGACCUACCAUGAAAUGGGUCAUGGAGACACUUGUUAGCGACACUGUCGGCGACCUCCCGGCGCUUCCUUCUUUCCACUUGCAACCUCUCUAUAUCUCUCUCUCGUCCUCCUCUUCCUCCGCCAGAACUACCACCGGCACUGUCUACUCAUCCAACUACCUCACCGCCAUGGGCUCCACCGUAUUCCUCACUGCCAACGAUGAAAAUAGCCGUAGUCACCGAAAGGCCGUGAAUUUUCCUAACGUCAAUACUCCCCGCACCAUCUCCUACAAAGAAAUCGUCGAAAUCACCAACAACUUCUCCGAAUCAAGGAUGGUAGCAGAACUCGACUUCGGAACAGGGUACCACGGCUUGCUCGACAACCGCUUCCACGUUCUGGUUAAACGCUUAGGGAUGAAAACCUGCCCUGCUCUGCGCUUACGGUUCUCUGACGAACUAUCCAAUCUUGGCCACUUACGUCACCGCCACCUAGUCCAGCUCCGCGGCUGGUGCACGGAAAAUGGCGAGAUGCUCGUCGUCUACGACUACCCCUCUGGGGGAGUCCUCAGUCGCCGCCUCUUCGAUCGCCAGAUCUCCCCUGCUGUCCUCACGUGGCGGCAACGCUACCGCAUCAUAAAGGCGCUUGCUUCGGCUGUGCUUUACCUUCAUGAGGAGUGGGAGGAGCAGGUCAUCCACCGAAGCAUCACCUCCUCUUCCGUUUUCCUCGACCCCGACAUGAGCCCUCGACUCGGCUGCUUUGCUCUUGCUGAGUUCCUUUCCCGCAAUGAGAGCGGCGGCUGCCAUGCCGCUUCCACCGGGCGAAGCUCCUCUGCCCGGGGAAUAUUCGGGUACAUGUCGCCGGAAUACAUGAAAACCGGAAGGGCAACAGCGGCGGCGGACGUUUACAGUUUCGGCGUUGUUGUGCUUGAGAUUGUGAGCGGCAGGCCGGCAGUGGAUCUCCGGCGGCCUGAGGGGCUGUUGGUGAGGAGGGCUUGGGGAAUGGAGACGAGAAGAAGGCCGGUGGAGGAGAUGGCAGACGAAAGAAUGGAGGGUAAUUUUGAGAUGAAGGAAUUGGAGAGAAUGGUGAGGUUGGGGAUGGCAUGCACGCUUUCGAAGGCAGAAAGGAGGCCAAACAUGAGGCAAAUAGUUAGCAUUUUAGAUGGGAACGAUGAGCUGCUGAGAAUGAUGGGGCACAUGAGGGUGGGAAGGGGAAGGGAAGAAUGGGUGGCCAGUAACGCUCAUGCGCUUACUCUAGUUAGGAGGAUGAAAGCUCUCGGCAUCAAUUGACUACCACAGUCCAUCUCGUUUUAUACAUAUUAAGUUUUUUAUUUCUUUUGUUUUUUUUUUCUUGGUUUAUGUAUAGUCUGUGAGAAGUUUGUUGAUGUGCGUCAGAUAUAGUUUGUGAACUUGUGAAAAUAGUUUGACCUGAGGAUAUGGUUUUUUCUAGUUAGUUUUUUUAACUUUUAUUUGCAAGAACAAUAGGAUAUAUAUAGACAGGAAUUUGUGAUCUAUGUU